UAUCCCCCCCCAUUUCCCUUUUCACCGAUUCAAACGAUAGCGCUAUUAGCCUGCUGGAAAUCUGCCUGUCUUGGCAUUAUAGGGGCCUUGUUGUAUUUUGUCAGGAAACCCAACUUUAAUACAGAGUCGCUUAGUCUUCAUAAAAGGGGUCUAUUAAGUUUGCAGGUGCAGGAUGUACAGCUUCAUGGGCGGAGGGCUGUUCUGUGCAGGCGUGGGGAACAUCCUCCUGAUUGUUUCUACGGCAACCGAUUAUUGGAUGCAGUACCGGCACUCCAACAGCUACAUGCAUCAGGGCCUGUGGCGGUACUGCAUGCCAGGGAAAUGCUUCACACACAAUGACAGCAUUGCCCACUUGGAUGCCACCCGAGCACUUAUGAUCCUCUCUCUCCUGGCCUGUUUCAUUGGCAUCAUUAUCGGCAUCAUGGCCUUCAUCCACUCCUCAUUCUUCAACAGGUUUGACAAAACCUUUGCUGCAGGCAUUUUGUUCUUCAUCUCAUGCUUUUUCGUGUUGCUGGCAAUGGCAGUGUACACUGGCGUGACGAUGAAUUACUAUGGUAAACGCUAUGGCAACUGGAGGUUCUCCUGGUCCUUCAUCAUCGGCUGGGUGUCAGUGGUGCUAAACUUCUUUUCAGGUAUAUUCUAUAUGUGUGCCUAUCGGAUGCACGAAUGCCCCAGAAACUCAAACUCUCACUAGAAGACUUCCGAAAUUAUAAUCAAUGCCUUAUAUUGAGAGCUUGUGGCUGUUCCCUGAAUUUGAGAGUCAAGAUGGAUCCAUCCACUAUUUACUUUUGGAACAUGGAUUAUAGUAUUUCAAGUGAUCUGAAUAAAGGACGCUGGGGAUAAACGUGUCUCCUUUUUAAUUAUUAAAUGCUUGUUCUUU